AUGUGGCCAGAGCAAGUUCGAGUGAGUAACGAAGAAGGAACCAAAAAGAUUAAGAAGACGGUCAACAAAGAUCGAUAUAUAUCCAGGAUGUUUUUAAGAGGUGAUAAUGUCAUUGUUAUACUGAGGAAUCCGCAGUAA